AUGCGUCCCGAGUUUGCCCCCGUAGCCUUUAUUUCUGCCUUUUCGGUUCUGUUGGUUGUUCCAUGGCACUGGCGAGCCCGAAACGUUGCCACACUAUCAAUGGCCGCAUGGCUCUUUAUAACGAAUGCCAUCUACGCCAUUGACGCUGUUGUGUGGUCCGACAAUGUCAAGAUCGCAAUUCCUGUCUGGUGUGACAUCACCACGAAAAUUAUCAUUGGAUCUCAAUUCGCGCUACCAGCAGCAUGUCUCUGUAUUUCUAUACAUCUCGAACGCGUCGCAUCGGUUCGUGCCGCCAGAAUCAUGCAGCAAGAUAGACGCCGCCGACAGAUCUUCGAGGGCCUCAUGUGCUGGGGCCUACCCGCCGUAUUCAUGGCUCUUCAUUAUAUCGUGCAAGGUCACCGUUUCGACGUCAUUGAAGACUAUGGUUGUCGACCAACCACCUAUAUCUCCUACGUCGGCAUCUUCUUGAUGUACUUCCCACCACUCUUCAUGGCACUCGUCUCCUUUGUCUUCUCAGCGCUUGCGCUCCGACAUUUCCUCAGACGCCGCGUCACAUUUGCCCUCCAUCUCCAAGCUUCCAACUCUGCCCUGACGACUUCACGCUACUUCCGACUCAUGUCUAUGGCGCUCGCCCAGAUGUUCGCCAUCAUUGCCGUCACGGCGUAUACCUUAUGGUUCACUCUCAUUGCCGUGCCUAUCCGCCCAUACACGUCAUGGGCUGAUGUCCAUAGCGAUUGGUUACGGAUCGACCAGUAUCUCACUAAGUUCACCCCUCCUCUCGUCGUACGGAGCUUUUACGCUCUUUGGUGGAUGGUCCCCCUCUCUACAUUCCUCUUUGUGGCCUUCUUUGCUUUCGGUCAAGAAGCCUUGGACGAAUACAAGAAAUGCUUCAUGUGGCUGAUAUCAGUCAUCUUCAGAAACAAACCGGCUCCGGGCUCGGAAGAGAUCAAUCCCAAGGGAUCUCUCCUCGAUCGUAUUCCUGUUAAAAUCACCCUUCCUUCAUUCCUUGGCGGGUCUAAGGACACGAUGAACUCAUCUACAACUGCUUCCAGCUCGUCUAUUCCCACAUACACAUAUCCCCAACCACCCCCUCCGCCGAAAUACAUGCCAGAGACGCCUGUCGAUUCCUCUUUCUCCGAUUCCUCAUCGUAUUAUCCCCCUGCUCCCAAACAAUUGCUUGACGUUGACCUAGAAGCUCACCCCCUUCCGCCUACGCCAUCGUCGUGCGCAUCAAGCUCUUCAUCAUCUAGCACUGAGGUUGAAAGCGAAACACCUUCUCUCCAUUCGCGGGCAUUCGCCCCAAUCCCCGUCCCUACCAACGUAGCAACAUCGCCGUUCCCUCCGCCGCCGCCGUCCCGCCCACGCGUGAGGCCAAUCAUACCCGCUAGCAAUGCCCAAGAGCCUGGUUCUCCACGACCAUUGACUUAUCCUUCUGCCGAUGCAUGGCAUCGAGGCAUUGCUAUAGCGUUACCUUUGUCAUGA